UGUUCCCACAAUGCUGUGCGGCUGAGCGCCUCCGAGCCCGCGGGGACGCUGCGGGGGGACCCCGGCUGAGGCGGCGGCGGGGACGUGGGCUGCGGCAGGCCCGCGGCGUCGGGCGGUGCGGAUGUCGGGCUGGGCGGACGAGCGCGGCGGCGAGGGCGACGGACGCAUCUACGUGGGGAACCUUCCGACCGACGUGCGCGAGAAGGACUUGGAGGACCUCUUCUACAAGUACGGCCGCAUCCGCGACAUCGAGCUUAAGAACCGGCACGGCCUCGUGCCCUUCGCCUUCGUGCGCUUCGAGGACCCGCGAGAUGCUGAGGAUGCAAUUUAUGGAAGGAACGGUUAUGAUUAUGGCCAAUGCCGGCUUCGUGUGGAGUUCCCCAGGACUUACGGAGGUCGGGGUGGGUGGCCCCGUGGUGGGAGGAAUGGGCCUCCUACAAGAAGAUCUGAUUUCCGAGUUCUUGUUUCAGGACUUCCUCCAUCAGGCAGCUGGCAGGACCUGAAAGAUCAUAUGCGAGAAGCUGGGGAUGUCUGUUACGCAGAUGUGCAGAAAGAUGGAAUGGGCAUGGUUGAAUAUCUCAGAAAAGAAGACAUGGAAUAUGCCCUGCGGAAACUGGAUGACACCAAAUUCCGCUCUCAUGAGGGUGAAACUUCCUACAUACGUGUUUAUCCAGAGAGAAGCACCAGCUAUGGCUACUCACGGUCUCGGUCUGGGUCAAGGGGCCGUGACUCUCCAUACCAAAGCAGGGGUUCCCCACACUACUUCUCUCCUUUCAGACCCUACUGAGACAGGUGAUGGGAAUUUUUUCUUUAUUUUUUAGGUGAACUGAGCUGCUUUGUGCUCGGAAUCUACAUUCCAGAUUGAUGAUUUAGUGUCUUAGGAAAUUUUUUUAAUUUUUUUUUUUUUUUUUUAAGGAAAUAAAACUACAUAAUUUCUUUUUUUUUUUUUUUUUGCUGUACGCGGGCCUCUCACCGCUGUGGCCUCUCCCGUUGCGGAGCACAGGCUCCGGACACGCAGGCUCAGCGGCCAUGGCUCACGGGCCCAGCCGCUCCGCGGCAUGCGGGAUCCUCCUGGACCGGGGCACGAACCCGUGUCCCCUGCAUCAGCAGGCGGACUCUCAACCACUGCGCCACCAGGGAAGCCCAAAAACUACAUAAUUUCUACCAGGGCCAUAUUAGCAGUGAAACAUUUUUAACUGCGGAAAUUAUGGUUUUGGUUCAGAAACAAGUUGUAUAUUUUUCACCCCUGAUGAUGGGAAAAAAACCAGUGCUGUAUCUUUGUGGGUUGCUCUUCUACGGAGAUCAGCUGUUACUGUGACUUAAGUCGGCCCAUUCUGUUUAGAAAUAUAUUUUAAACGUUUAGUAAUUGA